AUGACCGUAAGCAAUUUACUUGAAGAAGCGCGUCGAUUGGCGGCAAGCGAUGAUCUCGGAGGAGCGGAAGCCAAAUAUUAUGAGAUCAUCAACGGACCUCGAGAUCAACCACAACAACAGACUUUAACCACCAACCAGUUGGCGGAGUUAGAGGCGGCGAUAUUGGAGUUAGGGAAGGUGUACCAAACGCUGGAUCAAAUGCAACAAUUGGUUGAGUUGAUUAAACAGUCACGAUUGGUGUUGGGGUCUUUUGCCAAACUGAAGACAUCCAAAAUAGUCAAAACUUUGAUUGAAGAUUUUGACACUAUUCCUGACUCUCUUGACUGUCAGAUAAGCGCCACUAGAGAGUGCAUCGACUGGGCCGUUGAAAGCAAGUUGUCGUUUUUGAGACAACUGCUUCAGUAUAAAUUGGCCGGUGUGUUAUACAAGAAGGGCAUAUACCAGGAGGCCUUAAAGCUUAUAAAUGAUUUACUAUUGGAAUAUAAAAAGUUGGACGAUAAGUCUUCAUUGGUUGAAGUUCAAUUGUUAGAGUCGAAGAUUUACCAUGCGUUGCGUAAUAUCCCUAAGUCCAAAGCGGCUUUAACCAGUGCCAGAACUUCAGCCAAUUCUAUAUUCUGCCCCACGUUAUUACAAGCUGAAUUGGACUGUCAAAGUGGUACGUUAAAUUCCGAGGACGGAGACUAUAAAACGGCGUUCUCCUAUUUCUAUGAGUCCUUUGAGGGGUAUAACACUCAAGAAGAUUCAAGAGCCAUUGUGGUGUUGAAAUAUAUGCUUUUAACAAAGAUCAUGGUUAAUUUGAUUGAUGAUGUCAAUGUGAUAGUCAAGAGUAAAAAUGCCUUAAAAUAUCAAUCCAAAGAUAUCGAUGCUAUGAAGGCCAUUGCUACUGCUUAUUCCACCAGAUCUUUAAAAGAUUUUGAAUUGGCUUUGGCUCAAUAUGCUGUGGAAUUGAAAUCAGAUCCUAUCAUCAAAUCUCAUUUCAAUGCUUUAUAUGAUAAUUUGUUGCAACAGAAUUUAUUGAAAAUCAUUGAAUCUUAUAGUUGUGUUGAGUUAUCUCAUAUUUCCGAGACUGUGGGGUUGAAUUUACAACAAGUGGAAGGGAAAUUGUCUCAAAUGAUUUUAGAUAAAGUCUUUUAUGGAGUAUUGGAUCAAGGCAAUGGCUGGCUUAUAGUUUAUGAUGAACCAAAGAAGGGAGAAACCUAUGAAGCUUCAUUGGAUCUUGUCAAGAACUUAUCGAAUGCUGUUGAAUUGUUAUACCAAAAGGCAUCAGCUUUGAAUUGA